CCUUUAUCAACAAUCAGAUGAUGAGGAAGAAUAAGCAAAUAAAUGUACAUUUAUUGGAGGUUAUUAUGGUUGCUUUAUUAUUAUUUUUAGUAGUUGCUGAUUGUCAUACAAAAAAUAGGCAAAGAUUGACAGCACUGCCAGCAGUCGAAUUGGAGAUACAACCUGAUUUUGUUACAAUGAGCAAUGGCUUUACCAAAGUUACUAUAUCGAAACCAGAUGGUCAUGUAACGGACAUAUCAUAUGGUGGUAUCAAUAAUCUAUUAGACAUUAAAAAUGUCGAGAACAAUAGAGGGUAUUGGGUUACUUAUUGGAAUAUUACAGGAGCUCAAGUAGCUCGAAUAAAGUUACCAGGAACAAGUUUUGAGGUCAUAGAUGACGUCUACGGAAAAAUAAAAGAGCUUUCAUUUAAAAGAACUUGGGAUGCUUCUCAAAAAGAUGAACCUCCCCUAAACUUUGACAUAAGAUAUGUAAUGCUACCCGACGAACCAGGAUUUUAUACUUAUGCUAUUGUUGAACAUCCAGCGCAAUUCCCAGCUACAACUAUCCAUCAGCUCGACGUUGUAUUCAAGCUUCAUGAAGACAAGUUUCACUACAUGGCUGUCUCGGAUGAGAGGCAACGUGUGAUGCCAACGGCAAUGGAUAGAGAGAAAGGCAAGGUGCUUGACUACAAAGAAGCUGUUCUAUUGACAAAUCCCAGCAAUCCAAGUCUAAAAGGAGAGGUGGAUGACAAGUACUUCUAUGCAAGUGAUAACAAAGAUGAUAAAGUUCAUGGGUGGGUUAGUACUAAUCCUCCAUUAGGAUUUUGGAUGAUUAAUCCAAGCAAUGAAUUUCGUACUGGAGGACCUUUUAAACAAGAUCUUACUUCACAUGUUGCUUCAACUGUACUUAGUAUGUUUGUGAGUACACAUUAUGCUGGAGGGGAUUUAGCAAUUAAAUUUCGACAUGGAGAAACAUGGAAAAAGGUCUUUGGCCCUGUGUUUAUGUAUCUUAACUCAAAUGCUGCAGCUAAGGCAAAUCCUUCCAUACUGUGGAAUGACGCAAAGAAAAGGGCGAAUCAAGAAGUUGCAAGUUGGCCUUAUAAAUUUCCACUUUCAAAAGACUACGUCAAAUCUAAUCAAAGAGGAAUAGUUACAGGCCAACUAUUUGUUAAUGAUGGGUUGAAAAAAAAUGUACCGGCAUCCAAUGCAUAUAUAGGAUUAGCGCCGCCUGGAGCUGCUGGAUCCUGGCAAAGAGAAAACAAAGGUUACCAAUUUUGGACUAAAACAGAUCCUCAUGGAAACUUCAUCAUAAAAAAUGUCAUAUAUGGUACAUAUAACUUGUAUGCAACAGUCCCCGGAUUUAUUGGAGAUUACAGAUAUGCUUCAAAUAUAAAAGUUACUCCAGGUUCUAAUAUUAAAUUAGGGGCUUUAGUUUAUAAAACUCCAAGAAAAGGGGCUACACUUUGGGAAAUUGGUGUGCCAGAUCGCACUGCUGCUGAAUUUUUUAUUCCAAAUCCACCUCGUCAAUAUAAAGUUCACAAAUACAAAAGCGAAACUGAAUCAAAAUUUAAACAGUAUGGUUUAUGGGAGCAAUAUGGCGUUUUAUAUCCUAAAAAGGAACUUGUCUAUAAUGUUGCGACUAGCAAGUAUUCAAAAGAUUGGUUUUUUGCACAAGUUACAAGGAAUAUAGGAAAAAACAAAUAUGAAGCUACCACAUGGAGUAUUAUAUUUAACCUUGGAAACGUUAACAGGGCCUCACAUUACACUCUCCAAUUGGCUAUUGCAGGAGCUCAUCAAGCUAACCUACGUGUUCAUGUCAACAAUCCAAAUCCACGAGCAGUACCCCUUUUUUCAACAGGAUAUAUAGGGGACAGUAAUGCAAUUGCAAGACAUGGAAUUCAUGGAUUAUAUUGGCUCUUCAGCAUCGGAGUACCAGGCAAUUUGCUUGUCAAAGGAACAAACACAAUUUUUCUUACUCAAAGUUUGGCAACCUCUCCAUUUAAUUGUAUCUUAUAUGAUUAUCUUCGUUUAGAAGGACCUCAUUAGUGAUAAAACGAUCAUUCUAUAGUUGUUCAUUUUCUAGUUUUGGUUUACAAAUUGUUUUUAGAGGUGAAAAGCGCAAAAAAACAUCAAGGCAUGUGGAGUUUGAAGUGAAAAAGCAAGUUGUAAUUUUUUUUUUUUUUUAAAUUUUUUGAAAUGUGUGGAGAACA